AUGCCAGUUAAGAAGGAUUUAAAGUCAUACUUUGAGUCUAGGAGUUUAAAUAACAAUACAGGAAAUGAAGCUUUAGAUGAGAACUUAGAUGCCAUCAACAAUAAUUCAGAACCGCUCCAAAAAUUGACAUUAAAUGGGAAGUUAUGUGUAAAAUUGGAUUCAGAUGAGCCACAAUUGUUCCUUCCUAAAUGCAAUUAUUGUGGCUUAAAAUUCCUUUGCCAAGAAUCUUUAGAAAAGCACAAAAAUAUGAAGCAUGAAAAUCAUCCAAAAAAGAAGUCAAAACAAAAAAAAUUUGACGAGAACACAAAGGAAGUUCAAAUAAUAAAAUAUUCCAAAAAUUAUUUCUGCUGUGACUUUGACGGAAAAAAUACAUCUAUUGUCUCUGUUCAAGAAUCUAGUACAUCUAUUGCCUCUGUUCAAGAAUCUACUACAUCUAGUACUUCAGUCAAUAAAUAUAGUGCAUCUAGUGUCUCCGUCCAAGAAGCUAUUAUAUCUAGUACUUUAAUAAAUGAAUCUACUACAUCUGGUGUUUCCGUAACUGAAUCUAGUACAUCUAGCACCCUACUUAAUAAAUCUGGCACAUCUCCAGUCAAAGAAUCUAGGACAUCAAGUACUUCAGUCAAUGAAUCUGGUACAUUUAGUCCAUCAUUAAAACAAUCUGGUCAAUUUGCUAGCAAAUCUAGUACUUUAGAUCUGAAAUCUAGUACAUAG